GACUGACAUCCCGCGUCUGUAUCGAGCGCCGUACAUCAAACCCCUUCUCCAUCUUCACAACAUGUCCCAAGCAUCUCAAAACACACAUCUUCCGUCACCCCAGAUUCCAGAACUGCCAGCUGAUUCAGAUCAAUCUCGGCACGCGUGCGCAAUCUUGCCAAAUGCUGGUUAGACCAUUAAUGCAGUUGUCCAGAGAUGAAGGCUCAAUCUAUGAUUCAGCCUGAAGAAGUUUCUUCUCCAUCCCGACGCGUACUCUCAGCACGGCAGCCAAACGGAACAGGCACAAUACUUCCAAGCUGACGAAAAUGGAAGGAUCUCUGAUGUUAAACUUCUGGUCUUUUGUCAACUUUUUAAAGUUAUGAUCUUGACUCUGGGCGCGAAAGAUUCACCAUUUCACUAUCCUUCACGGCCAACAUGGUGCUCUCUCCUUUUGUCUUUCUGCCCCUGUAUCUGUAUCCAUACAAUAUUUCGUCCUGGAGCAAUAUUACAACCUCGAUUGCUGAGCAUCCUGAUUUGAACUUCCAUGUUGUUAUAGCACCAAAUUUGGCCAAUGUCUUCCCGGAUAAGAAUUACGAGGCUGCCCUCACUGCACUCAACAAUUUCACCAAUGUAGUUACACUGGGCUACGUUGCUACGUCAUGGACAUAUCGAGAUAUAUCAAGUGUCAUGGGAGACAUCAGCUCGUAUGCGGCAUGGAACAAUUACACCUCUGGCAACAUUUCCGUGCAAGGAAUAUUUUUCGAUGAAGCGACCACUUCCACGACGAACGACAGUAUGUCUUAUAUGAAGAACAUUACGACAUUCGCGAAGUCAUCACUUGGCCCAGGAAGACAGCAUAUUUCCUUCAAUCCUGGGGUUCCAGUUGGGUCCGCUUUCUACGACUUAGCGGACACUAUCAACAUUUUCGAGAAUGCAUGGUCGGAGUUCAAUCUCACGGCGGUGACCAUGUUACCAUGGGAUUUGCUGGCCAAAUCAACCUACGUGAUACACAACUUCACCGGAGACAAGUACUUGCAAGCCGACUUGGUUAGUAAUCUUACAGAGUCGAAUGUCAGUGGUCUUCUCAUUACCACGCAAGACAGCUACAAUGAGGUCUCGACACUCUGGCCGGAUUUCUGCGAUUCGAUGUCAUGGGAGCUUGAUUCUGGUGAUUUGAGUGAUCGAAGUAUCGCCCGUCGCCAAAGCUGGACGAGUACCCUCAUUACGAAGGCAUGGCGAACAAUGAGGCGAUGGAUAUUAUGA